CCCUGCUUUUGCCCAGAGUAGCUGUCCAGCUGUCCCUCCUGGUGAAGGAGUUAUAUAUACAGCGGCGUUGGCUCCCUCCUUCACUUCCUGGGUGGAGCUGGCGCUGGGGAGAGGCAAAGAAAAACCAUUUUAAAAACCUCCAAGCCAGCAGUCAGCAAGUCCCGACAGGAGUGGUAAAAUUACAUCCUUUCCUGCAGAGGAAGAAAGAAGGGCCAGCUGGAAGCAGAAGCAGAAGCAGCAGCAGCAGCCGCCAGCCGGCCAGCCAGCCAGCCAGCCAUCUGAGCGCAGCCCCUGUCUUGGGAUCCCCCCGGUCGUUGGCAUCUGGAUUUGGCCCCCGCGCUUCCCGGCUUGCCACAUUCCAGAGAGGCCCGGGUGCCCCUCUCGGCUUGGCCGAGCCUCGAGCCCCUUUAAAGGAGGCUUGGAACUGGAUCACAGAGCGAGCCGUGGUCCGCUUCGUCCGGCCGCGAUGGGCCUUCGGACGGGCGCCCUUGGGUGCCACAAGUGAUUGCGGGCAUCCGAGGCACAUGGGCAAGGCUGGUGCCCGGGAACUGUCAGUGAGACCCGAAGGGAGUUCCUGCCACCUUUGACAGCUCCAGGAACAAGUUCCAGCCUAAAGCCAAAAAGGGAGAAAGAAGAAGAAGAAGGAAAAAAAAACCUCCCCCAAGUCAGUUGAUAUUUUAAGAGACUCAAUGUGGUCAGUGGCAGCUCACGGUCUUGCAAGAAACAGCUUCCUUUGUCAGAUGACAGAGCGGAGGGAUUAAGAAGAAACCGAGAAGGAGAAAAAGCAUCCAGAGACCCCCCAGCCGAGGAGGGGUGUGUGUCUCCGUGUGGUGUUUUUGUGUGUUUCGUUUUGUUUUAAACGCUGAGCUAAGAGCAGAAGUGAAAAAGGGGGUGGAAUCAUGAAGAACUCGGUCGCAAGAGGCUGCGCCUGGCAGGGUGGUUUUCGGUUCGCAGCCGGGGGCCUUGGCAUGUGGCGGGCGGCGGGCUGGCUUUUCCUCCUGCUUCUGGCGUUGCAGCACCUCUGCGCCACCUCUGCCUUCUCCACGUGCAAGACUCUGGACAUGGACAUGAUGAAGCGCAAGCGGAUCGAGGCCAUCCGGGGCCAGAUCCUCAGCAAGCUCAAACUGACCAGCCCGCCAGAGGUGGAAGACCCAGAGAAGAGGGUCUUGCCCGAAGACAUUGUGGCCCUUUACAACAGCACCCUGGAGGUGAUCCGGGAAAUGGAGGCAGAGGAACCUAAGGAGACCCCACAGGAAGAGUAUUACGCCAAGGAAGUGCAUCGGUUCAACAUGCUGCCCGCAGAUCACGAAAGCUACGGGGACACUUACAAGAAGAACCGGCAUAGCAUCUUCUUCGGGUUUAACAUAUCCCACAUCCGGAUGGUGCUUCACGAUCCAAACCUGUUGUAUCGGGCUGAGCUGAGAAUGCGUGCCUUUGGAUCGAGCCAGGAACAACGGCUGGAACUUUACCAGCAACACCACUUCCGGAACACCUCCACUUGGUACUACCUGGACGGGCGCCUCGUUAAGUUGAAGGCCGAGAAGGAAUGGCUUUCCUUUGAUGUCACCACCGUCCUGCGGCUGUGGCUGGCGAGUAUAGAGAAUCUGGGAAGAUUCCGCCUCAGCGCUCACUGUUCCUGUGAGACCACCCCGGAGGAACUGAAAGUGGACAUAGAAGGUACUAAAGUGAAGAGAGGGGACCAGCAGCAGAUCAGCCAGGAGAAGCAACAGCUGCCGUAUCUGCUGGUGAUGGCAAUGCCACCGGAGCGGGCAGACCAACUGCAAAGCCACUCCCGGCAAAAACGAGCCGCAGCUAACGCGGAGUACUGCAGCCAAUCCCCAGAGGAGAAGAACUGUUGCGUGCGACGCCUCUACAUCGACUUCCGGAAGGACUUAAAAUGGAAGUGGAUCCAUGAACCCAAGGGCUACUACGCCAACUUCUGCAUGGGGCCUUGCCCGUAUCUCUGGAGCUCAGACAGUCAGUACAGCAAGGUUCUGUCUCUCUACAACCAACACAAUCCAUCUGGCUCGGCCACCCCCUGCUGCGUCCCGAACGAGCUGGACCCCCUCGGCAUCAUCUACUACGUGGGCCGCCAGGCUAAAGUAGAACAGCUCUCCAACAUGAUCGUCAAGUCGUGUCGCUGCAGCUGAAGACAAGGUGGCAUGGACUUGCAUUCUGGGUGGACUGGAAUUUUUAAAAUUAAAAACAAAACACAAACAAAAAUAAACCCCCACAAAAUCCAAGAGGAGAAGAGGCUAGGACUGAAACCAAGAGGACAAUGGUCAGCCCCUUCCCCUUGAUGAAAACCUCAUGCCUUAAAAAGAGAGAGAAAGAGAGAGACACACAACUUUUCUUUUUUUUAAAAAAAAAACCCUCAUCCAGUGAGAUUUAUUAUUAUUAUAAUUAUUAUUAUUAUAAUUAUUAUUAUUUUAUUUUGUAAAGUUAUGGUUUUGAGGGGUGGGGAAACCUGGAAUACCUUUUAAUGGUUUGGCCUCGGGGUCAGAGAGAAUUAGAAUAAUAUCGGCUCAAACAGAAGGGGGGGAGAGAACAUGUCAUCAUGUCGUUUCCUCUGUAGUUUUCCUGCUGUAAAGAACGGGUUGGGCGAAUAAUCUGGAAAGGGACAUUUUUCAUGGAGGUGGAAAGCCAGUGAAGAAAGGGUGCCCCGCCCCAAAAAAAACCAUGCCAAGGUGAUAGAAAAACAUCAGAUGGGGGUCAUCUUCAGAGGGCAAAGGAUGAUGUCCAGGGCCAGCAUCCUUAAGUUUUCCAGAGGUCAGAACGGCUGCCCUCUGGACGGUACGACGACGAUGCCCUCGCUUCCAGCAGGUGACUGUGUCGCGGGACGAUGCCGAGAUCGCCUGACAGACGUUCCCAGACCUUCGUGAUCCCAAUCCACCCCACCCCGAAGACAGCAGGCGAGGUUUCCGUUCGAUACACAUUUCAGAAAUGGAAUGCCACCUGCCCGCCCACCCGGAGACCACUGCACGGCUGAACCCGCUCUGCGCUCCACUCUGAUUCCGUCCUCUUAUCUCCCUUUGGCAAGUUGGCUCCAGUCCUCGUGGCCGUUCGCCCUACAACACGGGUUCGUCCCUUGCCAGGAACAUGUGAAGAAUGGAAAAGAGAGGGAAGUUCUUAUGGGGAGAAGAGGACUCCACCCACCAAUGACUUGUCCCCUCCUUCUGGCCACUUAGACCCGCCUUCUCUGCCAGAGCCUCUUGUCCCCCCCUUUUGACUGCUCAGCUGGUAGAGGAUGCCGGAGACCAAAAGGGGCAACCCAGAGAAAGCUUUUUGGGGUGCCAUGGAUUGUUUUGCAUUCGUUCAAUCUGAGGUUCGCCUCCAGCAACGAAGGGGGUGGCGGAGAAAGGAGCUGUUUAAAGGUCCAAAUUGGGCCAAUUGGAAUUUCAAUGUCACGUCUGAGUGUAAUAUUAAAUAUUUCUAUUUCCCUGCCUGGAUUUGCAAAAAAGAAAAAAAAUGUGUUCUUGGGUUGCCUACGACUCCGCUUCCCAGAGAUGGGAAUAAAAUCCAUGAGUACUA